UGAUUUGUAUUGUGAUGCUCAUUAAAUAAACCCUAAAUGCUUUCCAACAGGCAACAUUGUAUCCAGUGGCGGUAUCCCUAAAAUGCUACCCUGCAAAUUUCCAUCUUCCAUAACUGAACACCCCUUAAUUGGCUUUAAUCUCCAUAUCCAACCUACAAAAACUCGAAUUUCACGUCUCCAUUCUUUUUCCGUUCAAUGUUCUGUUCAUUUUCGUCCUUGCAUAGAUAUUCACAAGGGUAAAGUUAAGCAAAUUGUUGGUUCGACCCUUUCUGAUUUAAAGGAAGGAGAAUCAUCAUCAGCUAUUGUUACCAAUUUUGAGUCAGAUAAGCCUUCAUCUGAAUAUGCUAGGUUAUACAAAGAUGAUGGCCUUUUUGGUGGCCAUGUUAUCAUGCUUGGAGCUGAUCCUUUGAGCCAAACUGCCGCCAUUGAUGCUUUACAAGCUUUUCCUGAUGGUCUGCAGGUUGGUGGAGGGAUCAAUUCUGAUAAUGCUAUAAGUUACAUUGAGAAGGGAGCCAGCCAUGUCAUUGUUACAUCUUAUGUUUUCAACAAUGGGCAAAUGGAACUGGAUAGGCUUAAGAAUCUUGUCCGCACUGUUGGAAAGCAGAGGCUUGUAUUAGAUUUGAGCUGCAGAAAAAAGGGAGGUAAAUAUGCAAUUGUAACUGAUAGAUGGCAGAAAUUCAGCGAUGUGUAUGUCGAUGAGCAGACUCUAGAUUUUCUGGCUGACUUUGCUGAUGAAUUUUUAAUACAUGGUGUGGAUGUUGAAGGCAAAAAGUUGGGGAUUGAUGAAGAGCUUGUCUUUUUGCUGGGCAAAUACUCACCUAUUCCGGUGACCUAUGCUGGCGGUGUGACAGUAAUGGAAGAUCUAGAGAGGAUUCGGGUAGCUGGAAAUGAGCGGGUUCAUGUAACUGUCGGGAGUGCUUUGGAUAUAUUUGGUGGUAGUUUGCCCUACAAGGAUGUGGUUGCGUGGCACCGCAAGCAGGAGCCUUCGACAACUUAAUUCUUCGUGAACACUUUUGCUACAUUUCAUUUUGAUUUGGUUCGACCUACUAUCUGUUUAAGCUUUUGACGGAAACUAUGAAUUGGAUGUCAAUGUUAUUGUUACUAUAUUGUGCACAAGUCGUUUCGAGUGGUAUUACCGGCCUCAAGCAGUUGCCAUCUUUGUACGAAGUUCUAACUCAUACUAUAAUGCUUGUCUAGUGUUAGUAUGAUGUAUCGUUAGUCACCUACUCGGUUACUCACUUAUUUCACUCAUUUUGCAUCAUUUUGAAUUACAAUGUCAGAGCUUUUUUACUUAUGAAAUGAUAUAAAAUGUGUGGAGAGGAGGAAUAUAUCUUACUAAGUUCUAAUCGUGCAUCUCUACUAGUGUAGUAGGGAUGUAAAAGACUGUUCUCGUGGAGAAGUACUUCUAUCAAUUAGUAUUAAAAUGGGUCCUAAAUGAGUCUUGAAUUAAUUAUUUAUAUUUAAACUUUUAACAUUUAAAAUGUUUUAGUAGUACUAAAAUGAGUAUGAGUGUAUGGGUUGUAUAAGUCUAAAUUGGUCCAAAAAAAUAUGAAAUAUGAGUUUUGAAUGAACUUCGAUUUGAUUUUGAAUUGUAUAAUUGGUCAAAUAUAACGG